CUAAUAUCUAAUGGCAAUGGUCAAUAUUAUGUCAAUACAUAGGAUUUUGAAUACCUGCUAAAAUAUUGGUUUGGAAUUAACUUUCUUCGGAUCUCCGUAAUGUGAACCAACAGUGCAUUAAAUAUUUAUAUUUAAUUGUAUUGGCGCAAGCUUGCAUUAGUGCUGUUUGGAAACCAAUUACUUUUCAACAUGGAUGACGAUGGUGAUGACAAAGAUGAUACCAAAAGGAGGACCCGUAAUUUAAGUGAGAAGAAACGAAGAGACCAGUUUAAUAUGCUUGUUAAUGAACUGGGAGUAAUGGUGUCUUCAAGUAAUAGAAAAAUGGAUAAAUCAACUGUUCUCAAAUCAACUAUAUCAUUCUUGAAGAAUCAUAAUGAAAUUACAGUAAGAUCCCGAGCUCAUGAUGUUCAGGAAGAUUGGAAACCACCAUUCCUUUCAAAUGAAGAAUUUACCUAUCUUGUAUUAGAGGCUCUGGAAGGUUUUCUUAUGGUAUUUUCAACAACUGGGCGAAUUUUUUAUGUUUCUGAAGGAAUUACAUCAUUGCUUGGACAUACACCGAGUGAUGUUGUAAACACAACAAUAUUUGACUUAGCAUUUGAAGAAGACAGGCCAAACCUGUACAAUAUGCUUCAAAAUACUGGAAAUCCAAUUGAUCCUAAUCAAGCUCUUACUGCAGAAAAUGAAAUUAAGUUUCAAUGUCAUCUGCAACGGGGCACGUUGGAUUUUCGAGAUGAGAUUACCUACGAACUUGUGGAAUUCAGUGGUCACUUUCGUUCAAACAUGAAACAAGUUGAUGGAGACGAAAUGUAUCAAAUAGAUCCCGAUUCUAGGCUCCUUUUCGUGUGUACUGGCCGACUCUACACGCCACAGCUUAUUCGUGACGUCACGCUCAUUGACUCCAGUAGGAGUGAAUUCACAUCCCGGCACAGUCUGGAGUGGAAAUUCCUGUUUCUCGAUCACCGUGCUCCGCCGAUAAUUGGAUACUUGCCGUUUGAGGUGUUAGGCACAUCUGGCUAUGACUAUUACCAUUUUGAUGACUUGGAAAAGGUGAUCAACUGUCAUGAGGCGUUAAUGCAAAAGGGGGAGUUGACUUCAUGUUACUAUAGAUUCCUGACGAAGGGACAGCAAUGGAUCUGGCUUCAGACACGAUUCUAUAUCACAUACCAUCAAUGGAAUUCAAAGCCGGAGUUUGUUAUGUGCACACAUAGAGUUGUUAGCUAUGCAGACAUACAAAAGAGCACGAAGCAAGAGACAACUGAGGUUGAAGUCUCCGAGCCAACAGAUACGAGUCACUCGGAAAUCAAGGACACAUCAGAGGAGGCGAGGCCUGCUAUGUCGCCGUCAUAUAUGUCUGGGACUAGUGAUGUCUACGGGAAUUCUUACCAUUCCCAAUCUAGGCCUGCGUCAGUAAAGUCUGUAUCAGCUGGUAGUACAAGUGGGACUUGCGGCUUAGUCGGUAAAGCAAACACGGCAAGCACUUCCUGGUCAAUGGCGUCAAAUACUCGCUACUCAGGCGGAUAUGAGAAUAGUAUGGCAUCAGCUGAUUCCAGAUCUUCGCAUCGGUCAAGUUCUAGAGAGAGUAAAGAAGCACCGUCCCAUAUGGAAGAAUCUCGUCCUAUGAGUGAAGGUUUCGACUCAAGUCGCGCUAGGAUGUUCCAGCAGCAACACAAGUCUGUUGAACCCACAGUAGCACCACAACACGGAAUUGGUGCUCAGUACCUAGAACCAGCCCCUUAUGUUGGAACUGUCAGCGUACCGGGAGUACUACCAAUAUUGCCUUCAUUGCCAGUGAUUGUGUCAGAUCAAACGCAAAUACAGUGGCCGUGGCAGGGGCAGCUCCAGCGCAAACACGAAGAAUUGCAGCAGAUGAUAGUGCGGCAGCAGGAAGAGUUGCGGCAGGUGAAGGAGCAACUGCUGCUGGCCAGGCUUGGGAUGCUCCAACCGCUUAUUAAUGUUCAGAAUCCUUACACCAAUGAGCCACCGCAAAAUCAGCGAUUGCCAGGACCAAUAAUGUACGAAGGUUCGACCAGCCGAAAUGUAACUUAUCCACCUCAUUCGCAACCACCACACUUGCCGCAUCACCCACAUCACCCCAACGAAUAAAUUGACUUGUCGCUGACUUCGCAGCCCGGAGCCCUUUUAUCCUCGACAUAAAAAAUAUGCCGAAAGCAUAAGGACUAAAAAUUUGGAGGCAUUUCAUUAAAUAUUUUAUAAACAGCAUUUACGGAAUACGGUCCUUCGUAGGAGAUAUUAUUUAUUUUCCAACUCCCCCACUCUAAACACUUAAGCCCCCCAACUCUCAGGCCGAUUGCGGCCCAGCGUACCGACAUAAAUCUCAAUAUAAGAAAUUUUCCAGAUAUCUUAACAUAAGGUAUCUGGGACCGGAACUUAUUUCAACUUCUGUAGGACUUCCUGUGGCAGCUAUUAAAUUCUUUUGCUUUAGUUUUGUAUUGUUACCACCAAAAAUAUAAAUUUAUAUUUUUGGGUGGGUAGUUACAUAUAUGGGUACACUUAUAGGGCUUCCUAUUGUAAUAGUUUUUUUUUAACCAGUAAGAAGGACAGUGAGAACGGUCACCUUAGUAUAAUUUGUGGCAUGAUAAUUCACUUCUGCCUCCUACACACACACACACACUUGUACAACACUUGUUCCAGUAAAACCUGGAUGACAGCCAUCCGGAAUGGGACUGGUGGUUGUGAUUAUUGCGGUGAAGUGACGCUUGUCAAGAUUUGGAUUGUAGCAGGUGUAGAUUGCGUUAUCGGCUUGUAUUUUAUUUUUGUUUGAUUAUGAAGUUUUAUACGAGACUAGGUGUAGGCGGUAUAUAUACUAUCGUUGAGUCUCGCUUAAGUAAAGUCUUGGUUAGUACAGAAGUAUUUUGUUUUGUUUCAUAAUUAUGAAACCCUUUUUCAGAUUGUAUAUAUAUUUUCCAUAGCACAAUAUACAUGUUAAUGCUGUAGUUUAAAACAAGAUUGUCUGAUUAUUUUCAAAAAGGCUGUGCAACCAUUAUUUUGCAUUAUUUUAGGAUAUAAAUCAGAAUUUUAAUUCUGUAUUAAUGUUAAAUUAAGAUUGACAUAGUUUUCUUAUUAUUAAUCAUUAUAACUAUAGUGUUUGUAACAAACGUUAUAUAUUUUGACACCAUCUGGAGACAACUAUCAAAGAUUUUUUUACUAUAUAGAUCGAGUCUCGGUCGACUUCGUUUGGUUGAAAACGGUAUAUUGGUGUAAAUUUAGUAUUGCGCAGGAGUGUAAGACUUUUCAAACAAAUAUUUGACACACUUAUAUUGUUAAAUCUAAUGAGAGCGCUGUACAUUUAUCGCAGCGAUAUUGUAUCAAUUAAAUCAAAAUCAGACUAAUCUAAAAGAACGAAAAGCGUAUAAUACUAACCGUUUAUGCAGACUUAUAUAAAAUAUACUUCAUUGAAAUAGGCUCCUUUAUAUGGUGUCAAAAUUUAUUUUGCUCGUUGUUAGUAUUAGGGAAUUCGUAUCGUUAAAACAAUCAUUAAUAAAAUCUACUUUAUUGUCUAUCUUAUCCUUCAUCUGGUUAAUGUCUUUAAAAGACAAAAGUUAACGGAUGUGUUUAGAUUAACAUAAAUUUAUAAGAGAAUUUUAAAGCGUUAAACCAAAAAAACUAAAAUUUUGUAUAAAUACUUUGACAUUUACAAAUUUUGAAAGCUUUGUGGUUUACACAUUUAAAUGCUUAGUCAUAAUGAGUCUAAUUGUAGUUUUAACUAAAGAACUCACCUAUCUCUUUUCAUCGCAGUGAAAGUACAGAUUGAAAGAAAGAGACGAAAGAGUACUUUAGUUAAAAUAAUGUAACUACACCGAUUUAGCUUUUAAAGAGUAAUUUACAUAUAAAUGACAAUAUUGUAAUUUAUAAAUAAUUUUUUCCAUUUAUCAUAAAUUAUCAGUGGUUGUUGUUGUUAUAUUUUAAGUUAAAUUUAAGUUUAAAGAAUUAUUUACAUUAAUAUUUUUUUAAUUUGUGUGAACCAAUUCAUUAGGUAACGUAUGUAAAACAUAUAUAAUGAAAGAUUUUAUCCAUUAAAGUUAUCGAAUUUCUUGGGCAUACAUUUUUACGUUUAUAAAUUAUACUUCCUAUAUAUAUUUUAUAUUUAUUAAAUUUUAUUUUUCGUUAACUUUUUUUUAAAUUAUUAUAUGUUUAAAUGAAUGUUGUUCGUUGUAGAUUAAGUUUAAUGUGGCGUAUACAAUAUAGUCUCUAUGAAUAUAAAAAAAAGUUUUUUUUUGGUGCAUAACCUUUAAUCUAGAGUUUAUAAUUUUGUUAUCAAUUUGUUUAGAUUUUUACUUGCCAUGCUUUUAUUAUUUCGUUAAGUGAAGCUACGUCAAGUAGGUGGCCAUUGAUAUUAUUUUAUGGUAUUUUUAUAAAUAUAAAAAAUAUCAUUGAGUAUAAAAUUCUAAAUGUGUUUAUAAAAAAAAAUAUAAUAGAAUAUUCGCCAACAGUUAAAAAUAUAUUUUAAGCUAAAUGUCUUAUUAUAUAUGUAUGUACAGUCAAAACCGUUUACGAAGACAUCGUAUAGAACAACAUACCAGUUAUAUUGACCAAAAUUAAUGGUCCCGGCGGGUAUAAGUAUUAGGUACUUAAUAACAACACCAUCAAUUGUUACGACUAUCGGUUUUUAUGACCAAAUAUGAGUAGUCUCUUCGAUGUCGUUAUAAUAGAUUUUGACUGUAUACGUUACUGAAAGCAUAUUUUGUUUAUGUUAGAGAAAUCCGGUCCUUAAGUAGAAAUCGUAUCUAUUUUUGGUGUUAAAUGUAUGUGUAUUUCGCUGUAACGCAUUAACCGCGUUGAAUCAUUAAAAUAAUAAUAUGACUUCUGUAAUGUAUAUAUUUUCCGAAUGUGUCGCCUUCGCCAAUUGGCUUUGUAGGGUUCGUAAUCAAUUUUAUUGUAAAAGUGAAUGAUGAAAGCCAGCCGUUACCGGUUCGAAGCCAGUCUAAAACAGGGUUAAUAAGGAGGAAUUUGUAGCAGGAACCUCGAUGUAAUGAAAUAAACUUCAAAAUUUA